AUCGCCAUAUUAGCCAUUACGAUCAUCAAGCAUAAUUAAGGCGUAAGCUGGACAUAAUUGGAAGUGCUUGAAACGAAGUGAAAUUGCUUCUUACGUUGUGACGGACAUCGCUUCAGAAUGUGCGUGUGUCACUCAUGUUCUCUUUCUUCCUUUUUCCCUUUCAUCCGGAACACUUUGAUUAAUGAUUGGAAUACAUAAUAAUGAAAAAUAAUACUUAAACAGAUGCAUCUAACGUCUACCGUGAAAUCUAUAGUUCUCACCGUCGCGUUUGCUACGCAAUGCGUAUACGCCAAAUCGCGGAAUGGACACGAUUAUUUCGACGAGAAAUUCUGUGUGCUUGAGUGGAUCACCUACCUGAAGCGACUCUCGUUAAUCGUGUUAAUGUUGUAUGGCGUCGUUUUGUAUUACGUGCCCAAGUCACGUUCAUACGCUCGAAUAGCAUGUUGCAUUUUGAUAGAUACUGUUGCAAACGGAUUAAAGUUUGCCUUAAAUAUAUAUGAAACUGAAUACAAAGAAAUAAAAGCGAAAGAAGACGAUGAAAAUAAAGAGCUAAGAAUACAAGAAUUAUACCGAAAAAUAUACGAAAAAGAUAUGAAAAAUUAUGGACAAAAAUACAUUAACAAAACACACUUCGACAACGAUAACCAUAAAUCAAUAAGUACAAAAGAAUCUUGUAGAAAGCACAAAAGUAAGAAAUUUCGCACAAAGCACAUUGUUGAUAGAAAACAUGAAUAUCAUCGACACAAUCGUCGUCAUCGAAAUGCGAACAAUAAUAUCUUGACGGAAUCUAAUGCAGUAGUGACCAUUCCACAGCAGAUAACGUUAAUCGAUGAAAAAUACAAAAAAGACAAUGUGAUAGUCCUACAGAAUAUUUCUUCAAAAACGAGAAUCGUAACGAGCACGAUAUCGACGGACAAGUUGAAAAAUAAUAUUGAUCCUCGGCAAGAUAAUUCUUUAAACGAGAAGAUAGAUUUCAGCAAAAUUGAGGAAAUUAUUGAUAAAAAUGGCACCAAGCAUAAACCAAUAAAAUUCAAGAUUCCAUCCCAAAAGCAAGAGUACAUGAGUGACAUCAGUACUGAUAAAAAAUUGAAGAAUAAACAAAAUUUUGAUUGCAUGAAGUACGAAGAAGUUGCAAUUACUUCCCAAUUGAGCAAAGAUUGCACGACAAGGAUUAAGAACAAGCAAAUGGAUUUUUAUUAUGGGAAACUAUUUGCAAAGCGAGAGUUGUAUGUUGGACUGCAAAAAGGAAAUCAUCAAUUUUUUCAUAAUACGAAGAAUUUUACUUACAACUGUUAUGAAAGUUCAUCGAUUACAAAGAAUCGAGACAAACCAGUUCUGCUGCGAGUUGUAAACUGGUUUUUUGGUGGUUGCCCAGAAGCAUCGAGGCGACACCGAGAACAAAUCGAUAAAGUCGAAAAGGAAGAAAUUUUCGAAUCCACCAAUACGUGGCUCCUCUAAACGAACGAACUGUAUCUGCAGCAGUAAAGUGCAAAACUGUCGAUAAACGUAGAGAUCUAUAUUUUUACAUUAUAGUAUCAGUGUGGAGAUUAUUUUAAAAUCAUAAAUUGUUAACCAAUGAAUUUUAA